ACCGGCGUCAGGCGUGCUGUUGUUAUAGAACUGACAGUUUUGAAUGUUCAAGUAUCUUUAAAUUCAAAAUUACGAUCCUAUUAUCAAAUUAAAUUAAAAAUGUCCACUCCAAAGGCAGAGAAAGACUUACAUUUACCACUAUCUAGGGUAAAAACUAUAAUGAAAAGCUCACCAGAAGUAGAUGCAGUUGGACCAGAACCUUUAUAUUUAGUGACUAAAGUAACAGAAUUAUUCGUAACGGAUCUAGCGAAAAGGGCAUUUAAGAAUAGCAAAAACAACUUCCUUGAAUACAAACACAUUGCCGAAGUGGUCCAAGAGGACGACACGUUAGAUUUUUUGCGGGAAAUUAUGCCGCGAAAAAUUACAGUGCGGCAGUUUAAAGAAUUAAUGGCUAAAAAGUCAUCACGAGGUGAUGAAUCUGAUGAGACAAGCGAGGAAUCCAGUGAUGAAGAAAGCAGUGAGGAGAGUUCAAGUAGCAAUAACGCAGAAUCACAAAAUAGCUAGUAAUAAAUAUCCAUUAAUAGUUGGUAUUAAUAUUUCUAUGUUAUUUAAAUUUUUAAGUAAACUUGCACUUGUACGAAAUGUAAGAAGUAAUAUUGCAUUUGUAAAAAAAAUACUUCUGGUUAAGACUACAUAAUAAUUUAUUUGAAAGAAUCUAAACAUAAAUAUAAUUUGAAAAAUAAAAUUAAAAUUGUAAAACCUUACUUUUUGAAUUUGCAGCAUGAUAUGCAAAUUCCAUUGCAUAGAAUUUUAAUAAAAAAAAAACUUCAAUAUGUUACGACAAGUUACUAAAUCUUAAUUAUAAUCCAAGCAACAUUAAGAUUUACUUUUCUCACUAAUUUAAGUGUAGAGUAGAAACAGUUGAUAUUUAACCAAUACAGUUGUUUGUUUGGAACAAAGUUAAAAGUUACUGGUGAAUUCUAUGUCAAAUUGUAUAAAUGAACUAACAACCAUUAUUGGACACAAUAAAUUCAACAACAAUUAGUCUGCUCUUAAAUUUAUUUUAUACUAUGUCUUUAGUAAAAAUGAUCUUAAUUGUUAUACAUAAUUUUAAAAGUGAUUUAGUUUAAUGAAGCAAAUUAAAUGUAAGUUAAAGUCGUUGUUAAACUGCUUACAAGUUAUAUUUGCAUAUAUUUUGCAUCUUGAUUUUGUCCCGUUUUGUUUUGUUAAUGUUAGUUUAAUAAGUAUGAAAAUUAAAUUAAUUUUAUAAUAACACAUGAAAUUUUAUUUAUUACUUUAUAAAAGGAUUAUUUACAGUGAGUACAUUUGUCAUCUAAUAACCAUGUCAAGUGGAUUCAUUGAUUCAAUUUGUACUGAUAAGGUAUUAUUAAUUUUUACUAUA